UCAACGUCAUUGUCAUAAUACGUGUUGGAAAAUUUUAGAAACAGCGUAUUUACUCUGAUAAUACUUAGUGGUUAAUACGAAAAAGCAGCCUCAAAAGUAUGAGCUGUAACGAUAAAGGCGAUGGAAUCUCUAAGGAGGAAUGGCAAUCUCGACUGGAAACAUUUCCUUUUAAGCAGGAUGAUAUAAAUAAACUAAUUAUGAACUAUUUAGUUACAGAGGGUUUCAAAGAAGCAGCAGAAAAAUUCCAGGCAGAAUCCGGUGUUGAACCAUCAGUGGAUCUAAGUUCACUGGAUAACAGAAUAUUAAUAAGGGAAGCAGUACAGAAUGGACGAAUACAGGAGGCUACUCAUCUAGUUAACCAGUUACAUCCAGAAUUACUCGACAAUGACCGCUACCUCUACUUUCAUCUACAACAGUUGCAUCUAAUUGAAUUGAUUAGAGCUGGCAAAAUAGAAGAGGCACUUACUUUCGCGCAGACACAAAUUUCUGAGGCAGGAGAAAGCAAUCCAGAGGUGUUAAAUGAACUAGAGCGCACAUUGGCUUUGCUGGCUUUCGAGAAACCUCAAAAUAGUCCAUUUGCUGAUCUUUUGGACCAAACACACCGGCAAAAGGUAGCCAGUGAACUAAACGCAGCGAUCCUCAAAAUGGAGCACCAGGAACAGUCCAGCCCUAGAAUGAUUAACGUAUUGAAACUGAUUCUGUGGGCACAAGCCGAGCUAGAUAAGAAAAAUGUCAAAUAUCCGAAAAUGAUUGAUCUAGCGACAGCAACAAUAGAUCCAAAAUAAACACAGGAUAAACAGUUUAUUUGAACUGUAACAUUAUUCUUAUUUUUAAAUUCAAUUGAACAAAUCAUAUUAGGUAACAAACUUCGUGUAACAAUAAAGUAAUACUAUGCUUUAGAGAUAUUGCUCAUCUUUGUCGCGAUAAUAAAUGGAUGAAACUAAAAGCUUCACCCUCAGAAUCGUUUAUAGUUUUGGCGUUGUUCUAAAUAAUUUUCAGAAGCAUAUAUUUAUGUUUUUAGAUCGUCAUUGUAAGAAGAGUAGAAUAUGAGUUUGAAAUGCAGAUAUUUGAUUGGCAGCAGACGAAGAAAUUUCUAACCAAUAACCAUAUUUGGUAUUAGGCAUGCUAGUUUGAGAAUGUCACUGAAGAAGUAACGCUGAAAAUAUAGAAUGUUUUGGGUUUGAAUAA